AUUUAACAUUUUCACUUCUUAGGAUUUGUUUUUAAAUUGUUGUUACGUUGCAUAACCUAUUUCUUGCACAUGUAGUUUCACGUUUGACGUUUGAAGGUUUUCGGUACAAUGAAUAGGGGUUAAGUAAAUAAUAUCUCAAAUAUAAAAGUACAUUCGACAUAAACAAAAUAUUUACAGCGCAUAUGCUUCAAAAUAUGUAGCGCUCUUAUUAGAACACAAUCUGUAUUAUUUAUUAUUUAUUGUUGAUUAGUUUUGAGAACGUUACUAUUAUCCUCCACUGUUUCAGUAUAGUAUGUCAUCAGCCAAUUUAAAAUCCUUAUCAACUGCUGAUACAGAUUACAGUGCUGAUUCUGUAGAGUGGUGUCCUCACGAGCCCCAUCAAAACAUAUUUGUUUGUGGAACUUAUCAAUUAUCUCAAAAUGAAACCCAAAACAGCAUAAUGAAAAAUGACCUACCUCACAAACGUGUUGGAAAAAUGCUUCUUUAUAAAUACUUAGGAGAUCAAAAUUUAGUACUUUUACAAACUAAAUUUACUAGUGCCAUUCUUGAUCAGAAAUGGUGUCAUAAUCAAAUCAAUGGAAAGUCUUUAUUGGGUGUUGUUAAUGCUGAUGGAUUUUUACAAAUUUAUGAAUUGAUUAUUAUAGAAAAAGAAAUAUCUUUAGAAUUAUUUGUAGAAGUUUGUGUAAAUAGUGAAUUUGAAGACAAUUUAGCUUUAUCAUUAGAUUGGAAUACUGGUCGUAAUGAAAGUCAAAAUCCAGAUGUGAUAGUAACUGAUUCGAAAGGUUACGCAACUGUUUGGAAUUUAAAUGCUACUGGUUUGGAAAUGAAACACAGAUUUUAUGCUCAUGAAUUUGAGGCUUGGAUAGGUGCAUUUGAUUAUUGGGACACAAAUAUCAUUUACACAGGUGGAGACGAUUGCAAAUUCAAAAUAUAUGAUCUGAGAUGUGGUGUAUCUAUUAAUUGUAGCCGCUGCCACAAUGGUGGAGUGACCAGUAUGCACAGCAACAAAUUACAUCAGUAUUAUUUAGCUACAGGAAGUUAUGAUGAGAAUCUACUUCUGUGGGAUACACGCCAAAGAAAGACACCUUUGAGCACGACCAGCCUAAAUGGUGGUGUUUGGAGAUUAAAGUGGGAUCCUUUCACUUGUCAAACUCUGUUGGCGGCUUGUAUGUAUAAUGGAUUUCAUAUUAUAAACUGCAAAAAUCUCAGUGAAAAUCCUUCAGUAAUAGCAGAAUAUCACGAACAUGAAAGCAUAGCUUAUGGGGCAGACUGGAGCUACCUGAAAUUGAAUACAAGCAGUAAUAGUGCAAAUGAAUCAAAUGAAAAAUUAUUAGCAAUAUGUUCUUUUUAUGAUCACACAUUGAGUGUUCUAAAAUUAAGCGAUGAAUAA